AUGGAAUUCACUUGUACGCAAACAGGCCACAGAGCGCCCUCGCCCUACCUGAGCCACGUACACCGGAUCGCUACAUCGCUCAAAAAGCUUCUGCCUGUCAAUGGAUAUAGAAUAUUGAAACCGGCCGUAAGGAGGCUUCGAAUAGUGCAGCCGAUUCGCGAGGCAACUAGCAGAACUCGUCCUAAAUCUAGAUCGAGGCGUUUAGAAUUCCUACGUAAGCGCUCCGCUGUGAUAUCGGAAAAGAGAUCAGAAGUUAAUCUAUCGGCAACAUUCUUCGCGUUACGCCGGAAGGCAGCGCCGGCCCGCUAUGGCCCUCGUGCACGCGACCUGCCCCCGUGCACCCGC